AUGAACAACGUUUGCGACCACACUGUUGAAGCCCUCAUUGCCACCGAUUCCAAAGGCUGUCCAGUCUACUUGGACAUUUCCGGCGAGCCAAUCGCUCAAGGGCGCCAUCGCCUCCGCCAAAUUGCCAAUGGUUGGUGGUUCUACAAUCCUUCUGGCCAAGCUUCCAAUGGCCUUGCAACAAAGAUUGGUCGUGCCCUUCAGGAAGCUGGCGUUUUUCCGGACGGGCUGCCUUUGUUUUUGAGCCCGGUUAUGGUACGCCUCACAUUUGGAGUGAGGAACAUCAGCAAGGAUUUGGAUAAUAUGAUUAAAUUCAUUUUGGGCACACUCCAGUUUGCGACAAUCUUCGGAAACGACCGUAUUGUCUGCAAGAUUGUUGCUGAAAAGGUUUUGGCUACUGCUACUGGCUUUACUAAUAUUGAAGUUCUUGAAGUCUACUUCAUUUAA